CUGUGACGCACAGCGCACGCGCACUCCCGGACAUGACGCGUGACGUCGUGCGUGCGGCGGCUGCGUCGGGCUGUUGGACAAGAUGGCGGUCUCCACAGGAGUUAAAGUUCCUCGUAAUUUUCGCUUGUUGGAAGAACUGGAAGAAGGACAAAAAGGAGUGGGUGAUGGUACGGUUAGCUGGGGCCUCGAAGAUGAUGAAGACAUGACACUUACAAGGUGGACAGGCAUGAUUAUUGGGCCACCAAGGACAAACUAUGAAAACAGAAUAUAUAGCCUGAAAGUAGAAUGUGGACCUAAAUAUCCAGAAGCUCCUCCAUCAGUUAGAUUUGUAACAAAAAUUAAUAUGAAUGGAAUAAAUAAUUCCAGUGGAAUGGUGGAUGCACGGAGCAUACCAGUCUUAGCAAAAUGGCAAAAUUCAUAUAGCAUUAAAGUUGUGCUUCAAGAGUUAAGACGUCUAAUGAUGUCCAAAGAAAAUAUGAAGCUUCCACAGCCACCAGAAGGACAGACGUACAACAAUUAAUUCUAGUGGAUCUCAAACUUGUCUUAAAUUGACAACCUUCUACUCAUGUUAAUGUCUUGAUUAAAUAUCACAAUGCAAAAAUACCCACACAUUAAGUAAAAGAAUUCCAGCUGGUAAACAUGACCCGGACAUUUGUAAGAAUAUAUUUAAUAUAUGUACACCCAUUAUGUUUUCAGGUAACAGGAGGAAAAAUACAGCACAAUUUUUCUUUCUCUUGUUAAGGCACUGUCAUUUAAACAUGAACCUGGCGUACUCGAAAUACCGAAUUCAGGUUUACAAGAUGAAAGAAAGCAUUGCAAGAGGUGUCAGAUGGCAGUGGAAUCCUGUGUUUCUGAAAAGGAAAAUCUCAAGAAGAAAAAACAAAUGGCAGCUUUAUCCAUCUUGCUUAGAGAGAUGCAGUUGAAAUUGUUUAAAGUAGCAGGUACCAUGAAUAUUGUCACAAAUUGAAGCGGUGUGGGUGCUGACUACUAGUAGUAUCAAAAAUAGGUUCAAGGAUUGUUUUGAUACCUGUAUUUAUAAUAAAAGGAUGUUGCGGGAGGGGGGUCUGAUGCAUUUCUGUUAAAAGAUGUUCCUGUUUGGUACAUGUAACAGACAUGAUAAAUAUUUGUUUACAGUCUUUGUUUAAUAAACCAUGCGUUUAAGUUUUAAGUGAAGCCAACAAAAAGGAAAUAGGUGUAUGGAUAUGUGAUUUUGAGAUUAUAGUUAGUCUAAAAUGUAAAUAAAAUGUGGAAUGUA